AUGGAGGCCGAGGCUAGGAAGCGAGAAGGCCGCGCAUUCUGCUAGGUUUUUAUCUUCCAACACGUUAUAAAGGUUUUUCGGCCGCCGACAACCGGAGCUGUCCACUCCUCUCAUCGUCUCAGGGAUUUAGAAGCUCUCUGAGAGGUUCAAAAUGAGUAAGCUUCAGAGCGAUGCGCUUAGAGAAGCUAUCUCUGGGAUCAAGAAUGACUCCAAUGAAAAGAAGAGAAAGUUUGUUGAAACCAUCGAGCUUCAAAUCGGGUUGAAGAACUACGAUCCCCAGAAGGACAAGCGUUUCAGCGGUUCUGUUAAGUUACCACACAUCCCUCGCCCUAAGAUGAAGGUCUGCAUGCUCGGUGAUGCUCAACACGUUGAAGAGGCUGAGAAGAUUGGGCUCGACUAUAUGGAUGUCGAAGGGCUGAAGAAGCUGAACAAGAACAAGAAGUUGGUUAAGAAGCUUGCUAAAAAGUACCAUGCCUUUUUGGCUUCAGAAGCUGUGAUUAAGCAGAUCCCUCGUCUCCUUGGCCCUGGUUUGAAUAAGGCAGGGAAGUUCCCCACUCUUGUUACUCACCAGGAAUCCCUCGAGGCCAAAGUGAACGAGACGAAGGCCAUGGUCAAGUUCCAGCUGAAGAAGGUGCUCUGCAUGGGCGUUGCUGUCGGUAACGUCAGCAUGGAAGAGAAGCAGAUCUUCCAGAACGUUCAGAUGAGCGUGAACUUCUUGGUCUCUUUGCUGAAAAAGAACUGGCAAAACGUCAAGUGCCUCCACUUGAAAAGCACCAUGGGGAAGCCGUACCGCGUCUUCUGAGCUUGUUUUUGUUUAUUCUUAUCAUCUAGAGGUAGUAUACUUGAAAAGUUGAGUUCAUGAAUUUCAAUAUCUCUGCCAUUUUGGUCAGGAGCUUUUGGAUUCGACCGGACUAUGUAGUGUAAGACUAUCUAUCUCUGUUCUUGUUGGAAAGGCCACGUUUUACCCUAAUUGUCAGCAUGUCUGAUUUUUUGAACAAACUCGAGAUUAAUGAAGGCUUACGAUCACUUAAAAGGCUAAAA